ACGCAAUUGGUAUUAUUAUUGCGUAUGUGCAGCUGCCGCAUAGCAUGGGGUUGAUGUUGCAGUGAACUCUCCAAAAUCCAGCCAAGCCAAGGUGGAUUCCUAGCAGGCAUUACACUACUGCAUCUGCUUCAUCCUCCUCCUCCACCUUCGUCACCUCCUCAUGGCCGCCUCUGCCACCCCUCCGUCACCUGGUGGCUUGGUGGCCGAGGAGCAGCAUGAGAGGCUUCGUCGUUUUGUUGAUGAGUGGCGGGGUGAUGCUUUCGCUGCUUUGGACUCUGCUGCUGAUCAUGCUUGUACGUUCGCGUCCAGGGAGGUUACGGAUUUGAAUCGCGACCCCGUGCUGCUGCGAACGUGUUUCAAUGACGAUGGAGAGGUUUUAGUCGAUGUGAUGAACAAAACAAGUUCGAUUUUUGACAAAGUUGUUUAUGUCUUGGCGUUCGAUUGUAUAGAAGUGUCCCGGUUCCGGCAGCUGGCUCAGACAGAAUUUUAUCCUCGAUUACUUGUUUUUGGAUUGCGGCCGAACAGCGAGGAUGUACCCCCCGAGGGGGAGCUACAGAAAUCCUUUGCAACCUCGCUUUCAUUUUUUAAUGAUCUUAUCAAAUACAUCUCUGGAUUGCGGAGGUUAAUUGUGAAUUUGUUAAAACAAUUGGAGGCCAUCUACAGGAAUGAGGCUCCUUGUCCUUACUUCUUGUCUUGCCAUCUCCGAACUGUCUUCUCCUCUUUGGUGGAUGGGCUUACGGUGAUUGUGACUGUGGAUGAGAUCAUCGCACAGAACCUGAACAUUGGCCAUGCAAUGUCCCUCUUCACAAGAAUGCUGCAUUCAGUACGUGGUGAUCCGCCUCGAUUCAACAUGGCACCGGAGAAUGUGGAAGAGCUAGAUCGAGCUGUGAAUGACAUGGACAACAUUUUGACUAGUGGCCUUUUCCAAAAGUGCAUUCAAGAGGAUAUUCAUGGAAAUCUGCAAAUGGUAAAUCUGAAGAGUAACAAAUUUUUUUUGGAUGAAUUUGCAACUCUAAUACGUGACAGCCUCACUCAAAGCAUCUCUCGACUUGAUUCGUUGAGAGAAAGGCCUUACGAUCGGGAGCAGCUAGCAGGUGUACUUGCAAUUUUCAUAUUGUAUACAUGGAUGAAUGUCGAUUCUGCACCUGAAAAGAAGGCAACGAAGCUUGUGAUGGAUCUUCUGAAACGGGCACCUGUUAUCCAUGUAUUCUGUGUAACACAGAUUACUUGCUUGAGUUUUUUACGGGCCCGGUUACCUCCUUGGAUUCUUGCUACUUCUUUUUUGAGAGAUGCUCAAAAAGAAGCUGGAACAGUCAAUCGAGCCUAUUUAACAAGCCUUGAUGAAACAUUAAGCAGGAAUUCUCAGAACAUGCAGAAUGAACUGGUGCAUUGGCUCGUGUCAUUCGACUCGACGGUGUCACCUACUGUACAGCGACUAGCGAUCCAUGCCAUGUUGAGAAUGAGGUUGAAACAGCUUGCACAGGGCGUGUUUCUGGCUAAUAGACUUCAAUAUAUCAUACGGGCUACUAUUGAUUGUCAUGUAUCUUUAGGGGAACCUUUGAGUAAGGAUCAGGUACGCAGUCUACGGCAUGCAGCGGAGCUGCUUCAGGUAGUGAGAGCAGUUUAUCACAGGCGAAAUAGUGAAACGGUGCUAGCGAUGAGCAACAUCCUAGAACUAGCUCAAACUCAAAUCCAGAAGCAUCUUCUGUCAGUCAAGGCACAGCUCGAGGUUGAAAUCACAGCAGGUUCCAAAUCCAGUAGUUUACACCUUUUUGCUCGCUCCUUCACUCGUGGAAAGGAUGUGGACACCAAAAUCCAAGAUGCCCUGGCAGCUGUGGAUUUGGCAGUGGAAAUGCUUCAGGGUUGCCCCAGUUUGCAACGACGCACAGUCUUGCACAUUUGCCUUGACACACUCUUUGGACUGAAUAAGCUGUCUGAAGAAUCAGUAGCAGAGAUUCUGGAAUUGAGCCUAUUAGUGGACGUAGCAGUCGACAUCCACAAGAUUGUGGAGACUUCAACAGAUUGCAGCUUUUUGUACUGGUCUCGAGAGAUGAUGCCCACAUGCUUCGCCUUGCUUUAUACACAAACUCGUGAGGCUCGGAGCCUUCAGCAUGUGAUUGGUGCAUUCAAGGAUGGUAUCAAGCUUCUGAAAAUUGGGCAUGCAGAAGAGGGCGUUGUUGAAUCCUAUGAGAGAGAGCUUGGAGAUAGUAUUAUCAAUGAAGUUGUGAUGCCACUCUGUCGUGAUAUUGAGACCGAUCUACGCCUCCACGUUCAUUCUGCACAUCUGAAAGGCACAGUUAAUGUCAAUCCUACAAAGACAGGAGUGCGAGAUUUGUCAUGGUUAUUGCAAGUGAGUCCGUUGCGAUUGGAUACGAAGUACAUUCACAUUAAGACUCGUGUGGAGAUGUACCUCAAUGCUGCAUUUUACGAUCAUGCUGCUGUGGCUCUCCACAACUGGAAGACUUAUAAUGAGAUGCGACAACUUGCUCAGCAGAAAUACGGAUUGGAAUUAGAUGAUAUUCAUUUGCCAUGCCAGACACUCGAACAAGGAGUUGAUGUGUUGGAUAUCAUGCGAAAUAUUCACAAUUUUGUGGCAUCCUACACAUACAACCUAAACACUCAGGUAUUUAUAGAGAGAUUAUCUAGUGCGACGUUUAGAAAGCACAUCAAUACGAUUAGUGUAAAGCACGUGGCGAACUCGAUUCGAACUCACGGCGCUGGUAUUAUCAGUACUACUGUGAACUUCACGUACCAGUUCCUGGCUCAGAAGUUUGUAGCAUUCUCACAAUUCCUCUUUGAUGACCACAUUAAAUCCAGACUUGUCAAGGAAAAUCGUUUUAGCAAAAUGCUUAAGGAUACCGAAGGGAAUAAGCGAAGGGAGUAUCCCGUUGCAAGAGCCCAGAAGCUCAAUCACGAGAUAAAGAAGUUGGGGAGCAAUGACAUUGGUCACAGUUACAUGGACCAGUUCCGGAUGUUAAUUGCUGAGAUUGGUAAUGCACUUGGGUUUGUUCGUAUGGUCCGACUAGGAGGACUUAGCUACAGCAGUUUGGCUUCUGGACAUGUACAAGAAGGUAAGAAUACUAGCUUUGAGCUGGGUUCUAAGAAUCUGGGCAUGGCCCCAGAAGCUGUUCAGGCUGGAAAACUCCUUGAUGCAGCUUUGGAGAGCCAAAAUAUGUCCGUGGAUGAUACUAGUUAUUUCAACAUCCUUGUGAAUGUUUUCUCUCAGGGUUUGCAAAGUGAUGACAACAUUCACCUGAAGGAAUUUGUGUUCAUUGUCCCGGCUCUGAUUAUUAAUGCUGUAGAAGCCAUGGUUCGUUCGAAAUCAAAAUUCUUAAAACGGACUCGUAGUUCAGCGGAUGCCCUCUUCACAGACGAUGGUUUUGUUAUGGGGCUUGCAUACCUUCUUAAGGUACUGGGUCAAGACAAGCAGUUCGAUUCACUGUACUGGUUUGAUAGUGUGAGGAAACACUAUACGGCUGAGAAGUCUCGUUUAGAAGAAGGUCUGGACAUGGACAGCAUAGCAAAUGGUCUGAUGGGUUUGCAGAUUUGGAGCCAAAAACUUGCUUCUGUUUCUGAAGAAGAUGCCCACAACAUUCAGAUGGCUGUGAAGCGGCUAAGCGCUUAUCUGAUGGAGCUGGAGCUGAUAGAAUUUAAUUUUUCAGGGGCUCGGAUUUUCUUUCUUUGAGGUUUUGCGGAUGAUUUGAGCAUGUCCAUUUAGGGAAUAACGUAAAGAUGAACAAUGCAUACCGUCCAAAGUUGCUUUUCUAGCGUUUGCUCAGAAUAGUUGCAGAACUUACGAUAGAAGGGCUUAUGAAUGAAGACAUGCCUGUUUAUGAGCUUUGGGACUUUUGCUUA